AUGUCCAAGUCCUCCUCGCGGCUGGUUCGACCCGGAUCGGCGGGGUCUAAGAGCCCCAGCUUGAGGAAGGAGGCACAGAGUAAUCGCUCAUGCAUGCUGCGGAUCGGAGAGAGGCUGAUGAGGGCAGGCAGUGAGGGCAACCUGGUCCAGAGACCCAUCGCAGCCCAGAGCCAGGCUUCCUCGGCUGGAAUAGGGCAAGGGACGAAUGGACAGACACAACCUCUAGCACUUGAGGACAAACCCACUGAGCAUACAGGAAAUAGCUCAAGCAAAGAUCCAGGAGCCUCCCCGUCCAGAGGCUCAUCUUCAGCGGACAGCAGUGCUGACCGUCUACUGCAGAAGAAACCGCACACCAACAGCAGCCUGCUGUGUAACCCGGACUUCUCCUCCUGCUCCUCGGCCCCUCGCUCCCCCAGCACCUUACCUCGCAGCUUCGUCACCUCCGCUCGAGCCAGCAGCCGAGACAGCCAGCUGGACAGCCUGAUGAUGCAGCACUCAGAGGUGGAGAGGAAGAAGGAGGUGUUCCUGGACCAUCUGAGGCAGAAGUAUCCCCACCAUGCUGCCAUCAUCAUGGGACACCAGGAGCGCAUGAGGGAGCAGGCCAGGAGUCCCCGGCCCUCUGACAGCCAAAUCUGUGCGAGUGUCCUGGGCUUGGCAGAGCAUCAGGACCCUCUGGCUUCAGAGACCAUGUCUGAUGGAGAGGUGCUGCCCCCCACAGUCCCCUUCACAAGGGGCUGUAAAGCCAGAGCUAGUCUACCUGUGGGCCGCUCCAGUGGUCAAACAAGAGAGAUGCCGCUUGGUGUGUUGUACUUGCAGUAUGGGGAGGAGACAAAGCAGGUCCGGAUGCCGGCUGAGAUCAGCAGUCGGGACGCUCUGCGGGCUCUGUUUGUCACUGCCUUCCCACAUCAGCUCACCAUGAAGAUGCUGCAGUCUCCCAACAUGGCCAUCUACAUCAAAGACACCAGCCGCAAUGUCUACUACGACCUGGACGACAUCAGAAAUAUCCCAUCUCACUCCUGUCUGAAAGUCUAUCAUAAAGACCCAGCACAUGUGUUCAACCGCCACGCUAGACCUGCCAACACAGAGGGACGGAUCUCUAAAGAAGUGUUGUACGGCAGUCACAGUCCGGUCCACACCAUGUCGUCUGCCAGCCGCAGCACCCUGCACAGCCUGCAGGGCUCCAUGUCCCCGCCCAUGGUCCGCUCCAUGCCCUCGUCCCCCUCCAGGAUGGCAUACGGUGGGGGGAGCACAGGGGGGAGGACGGGGCUGGUGGAUCCAGGCAGCACCACAUUACCACGGGAACGCCUGUCAGGAGCAGGGCGAUCCAGCUCCCUCUGCACCAGCAGCAGUGCCAUACUGGAGAGGAGAGAUGUCAAGCCUGACGAGGACGUCGGCAGCAGUAAGAGUAUGGCCCUAGUGCUGCGUGGGGAAGGAGGACCUCAUUACCCAGACUCCUACUGCUCCUCCCUGCAGGACGGAGGAGGUCGCCUCAGCAUUGCCUCCUCCCAGUGUAGUGCUCCUCCCUCUCUCACAGCGGACAUGGUGGACGCUGGGGUCACAGGGAUCCCAGGGGGGCUGCAGCAGUACCGCGCCUCCAUUAAACCCCUGAUGGGCUACGGAGACGGCAUGGAGCACCAGACCCGCUCCCUCCACAGGCAGAAGAGCAGGAAGUAUGGAGACAGCCAGCUUCCUCCACUGGGCACCAAAACCCCGCCUCCGUCCCCUCACAGAGUCAAUGAGGUCAGGAUGAUAGAGGGACAGAUCAUCGGAGGGGUGGGCCUGGUGUCUCCAGACAGGAUGUCUCCCAUUCGCCGGUCCCUGCGGCGGGACAGUAACGGAGCCACAGUGGAGGUCGUUCACAGAAGCAGAGGGAGUGGCUCGUCAUCCUCUACCUCAUCUGUCUUUAUGGACAGCCCUCUGGGACAAUCUGAGAGGCUGUUUCAGGGUCACGUGACUGCCAACAAUGCCCAGAGUGAGAGAAUGAAAGCUAUGGAGGAGCAGAUAGCCAGUCUGGCAGGUCUGGUGCACAGCGCUCUGUCUGUGGGAUCAGAUAUUCCAAGAGUCAAGGAUGCUAUCAGUGAGAGUGCUGACCGCAAACGCCUCAAGAGCAGACCUGCAGUGUCGUCUGAGCUUCAGAACUCUGCUGCUUUGAUUGACAGCUUCAGCCCCGCCCCUCUGGCCCUUCAAACCUUUCAGGCCCCUCCUUCUGAUGGCGGGCUGCAGCAGAGCUUGGUAUUGGCGAAGAGAAAUGUGUGUGAGCUGCGAAUGCAACUCAACCAACUCAGACACCUGCAGCUGUCAAACCAGGAGAGUGUGAGUUCAAUGCUGCGGAUGGCGGGUCAGGAGCUGGCGGUGCUGAUGUACGAUCGGCUGGCUCAGUCGGAGGAGGCGUCGUACAGACGGAGAGCUGAGAUGGAGGAAGAGAGGAUCCACUACCUGGCUACAGAGGAGAGAAUACUCACACGGCUUCGUGAACUGGAGGACUAUGUGGACCAUUUGCAACAAAGCUCCACCUCCAGUCCCGACCAGCUGCUGAUCACUCUGAGAGAUGUGGAGGAGGGAGCGGUGAACCUGCGGAGGGUGGGAGAAACGCUGGCCACCCUUAAAGGUGAGUUUCCGGAGCUGCAGGCAAAGAUGCGCUCAGUGCUGAGGCUGGAGGUGGAGGCGGUGCGUUUCCUGAAGGAGGAGCCUCUGAAGAUGGACUCCAUGCUGAAGAGGGUUAAAGCCCUUACAGAGGCCCUCAGCUCUCUCCGCAGGUGUGUGUCAGAGUCCACCCCAACAGCCAGAUCAGCCCAGGUGGAGCCUCUAAAGGUCCUGGAAACAGAGCAGGGACCCCUGAAGACCCAGAGCCCCCAGAGCUCCCCCAAACCCCAACCGCGAUCCUCGGUCAGAGCUCCUCUGCCAACAGCAUCUCUCUCUGGGAGUCAGGCGGAGGUCAGUCCAGCAGGCUCAGCCUCCCCAAUCAUGGCCCGCAGAAUGAACACAGCAGCUGCAGGGAUCCAGCCCCAACAUCACCACCCCAGCCCCCCACUGACACCCACCCACGGACGGGACUCACCCAGUGUAGCCAAGGUGAGUCCUCGCAGCAGAGAGGGCAGCCCUGCCCUGCAGAGGAGACCAGGCCCUCAGCACUCACCAACACAGGAGGGCCACACUGAACAGACCAUCAAACACACACAGACACAGGAUGAGACUACAGAAAGACAAACUCCAGAGAGCAGUCUGACCACAGAAACUGGCAGUAUGAACCAGUCCAGCACCAGUCUAGCCAGCACUGACUCCAGUCAGCCUCCACCCAACAACACUGACUUUGACCAGGCCCUCCAGGAGGCCCAGGACAGCCUGAUGAAGGCCAUCCCUGAUCUAAAUGUGUCGGACACCAGAGAGGGUUGCUCUGAUUCUGCGUCGGGACAGACCACUUCCUCUGUAUCAAAAUCAGAGCAGGAUGCAGCUCUAGACCUGACACUGCAAGCCUCAGUGGAACAGCAGGAAGACACACCUUCACAGCUGAGUGAUGAGGUGGACUCCAUCCAGUCACAACCCCCACACACAGUUCCAACGGCAGCUUUACAGCUUCCUCCAGCUGUUGUGGAGCCUCCUUCUUCAGCUUCUCCGUCAACUGCUCCUUCAUCAGUUGCCUCAGCUUCUCCAUCAGCUUCUCCCAGUACAGAGCGCCGCGGCCGGCCACAGGUGGAGAAACCCCGCCGCACCAGUGUGGACAGAGAGAUGAAGCAGAGUCCGGACAGGGCUGGCAAGUCUCCUCCACCUCCUCCUCCACGAAGGUUCCAUUCUGUCAGUUCAGGUCUGACCACAGGAAGGUCAGGAGAGGUGAUAAUCACCACGAGGAAAGAGCCAAUUGGAGGCCAGGCUGAGGAGGAGAAAGAAAAAGACAAAGGGCCGCCUGUGGCUCCUCAGCCCAAACCCCCAAGACAGCCACCAGAGGUCAAACCCAAACCCCAGAUGUGUGCUCCUGCACCUCUGGCUGGUUCCACCUCCACCGUCGCUACAGCUGUAGCAAACAGGGAGGAUGAGGAGGAUGAGGAGGAGGACAACAAAUUCAUGAAAGAGCUGCAGGUGACCAAAGAACUGUCAAAUAAAAAUUAUUUGUCAGGUGGAUAUAAGCAAUGGAAAGGAGAGGUGAGGAAAUCUCCAACAUCACAAUUGACAAAUCUGAAGCCUUCUGACCCAGCAACAUCUGACCACCAGUCAGCUCAUCAGACGGGAAUCACAAAUGGCUGCCCUCCUAAACUCAUAACGGUAGUUGGAUUUGAAGAACGCAUUGAAGUUAGGAAAGACAAUGUAAACCCUGAUGAAAAAAAGGAAGCUGAAGAAAGGGUGAUUAAACCAAUGCCUUCAUCAAACUGUGCAACACUAAAGAAGGUGGAGGUACUUACACCUUUAGAUUUAAAAGAUGUUCAGACUGUCCAGAGGAAUGAGGGGGAACCAACACCAACUACAAAGAAAGCAGAGAAGAUAGAGGUACCUACACUUGUAGAUGUCAAAGAUGUUCAGACUGUCCAGAAUGAGGAGGGACCAACACCAACCCAAAAGAAAGUAGAGGAGAUGGAGGUCAUUACAGUUACAACUUCACCAAAAGAAAUUGAUACUCCUGUGAAAAGUCCUGAUUGUAUUACCAAGGAGGUUGUUGGACAGGGGUGCUCCCCAGCAACAGCAGAAAAGAAAGUCAAGUUUACAACAAUUGUUACUCUACAAAAAGAAAACAUUCAAGCUACUGACAUCACAAGUCCUGACCACACAAGUGAAAAAGUUGUCAAAGAGGUACCAGCUGAGAAAAAGCCAAAUGUAACAGUAGUUGUAACUUUACAAAAAGGAAACACCCCAGAAGAUAGCUUGAUAGAGUCCCAGCAGGAUAAGUCCCGAAUCCCAGCUCAGGAUUGUGCAGCUUCUACUCCUGUUCUGAAAAUUCCCCCACUUCCACCCAGCUCGACUUACAGCCCCAGCAUUAAGCAGCAGAACCAGGAGGCAACAGAGCAAGUAUCCAGGGAUGAAUCACAAUACACAGAGGAAGGAUGUAGCCUGAGCCCUGAUACUGGGGACAAUGAGGGACCUCCUCCUCCACCACCUCUGACCAGUAAAAUCAGCCUUAGAAUCUCCAGGUCCAGGAGUCCAAGACUUAAGAAAGAGGAAGACCUAACCAUAAGUGGCUCUGACAUGCAGACUGCCGCCUGGGACAGCGCUGGUGAAGCUACUUACCUAGAUAACGAGAAUGAAGGUUUCGAGGACAGUAAUGACUUUGAUAAGAAACCUAUAAUCGUAAUCUUGAAUGAGCCUAUGGACAUUCAGUCAGCCUACAAGCGUCUGUCUACCAUCUUUGAAUGUGAAGAAGAUCUUGAUGGGAUUCUCUCUGCAGAUAAUAUUGUGGAAGAAGAAGAGACAAAUCAGGAAGAAGAGAAACAGGGCGUGAGAAAAAUUUGCAUCACCGAAAUCGAUGCAGGUUCAGACCUUCAAGAUGUUACAGGAAAUGGUCAGAAUUCUCUUAAUAUGGAACAUCAAAGACCUUCAGGGAAUAAUGGCACAAUUCCUGAAAACCAAGACCAGGGCAAACUGGACUUGCUUAAAAAGCCAGAGACCAAAAGGAAAUUCAAAUUUAAGUUCCCGAAAAACAAACUGGCUGCAAUUAGCCAGGCCAUUCGAACAGGGACAGCCAAAACAGGAAAGAAGACUGUUGAGGUUGUUGUAUAUGAGGAAGAGGAGGAGAUAGCACUAGACAGCAAGCCAAUGAAGGACACAAAGAAGCAAACCAAAGAAUCUAAGAGGUUUGAGAUCAGCAGUACCAAGCAAUUCAACUUUGGCGAAGGCAAUGCCACUGACAGAGACAUCAAGGUCUCCCCAUCCUCUGAUACCAGAAACUCAAAGUCCCAUAGUCGGGUAGAGAAGCUCUGCAAGAGUGCAUUUGAUUCUAUUGACAGUCUAGAAGAGUCCAUUAAACAGUUGGAAAUCAGUGUGGACAGCAUGUCUACCCCUUCUUCCCCAUCCAGCAUUGUGUCCUCACCUCCUCAGUCUCCUGAUUCUUCCUUUGACUCCACUGAUAGAGCUCAGCUUAAAGGCAAAGUCAAACGAGAAAGGGAGAGAAGCCCGUCCAAGAGGCCAGCUUCUCAGAUCCUCAAGAGCCCAAAUCCACCUCAGAGUAAGAGGGCAAAACCUCAGCCUUCACAAGAUACAGGGAAACCCUCCAUCAAGAAACAGAGCUCCAGCAGCAGCUCCAGCUCCUCUGCUCAGCGAUCCCACACCAAGUCUCGCCACUUGUCCUCUUCUGGCUCACCAGAGAAGACUGCUAAGGGCCAGCAGCAGGCCUCCCAGAAGCAGCCCAGCCAGGCUGACAGCAGGAGCAGUAGAGCAGCCGGGGAUAGUAGCCAUUCUGUCGUUGCUUUGCGUGCCUCUAAGAUCCCAGCCUUGUGCCAUAGCUCUGGGAAACAGCCGUCUGCAUCUCUGUCCACUCCUCACUGCUCAGACACCACCGAUAGCUUCCAAAACCUCUCCUCUUCCUCUUCCUCCUCUGCUUCUUCACCUUCAGCUCCUUCUGCCUCCUCGGGGAAAUACUUUCUUCUGUCUCCCCCUUCAAACGUCUCCAAGUGUCCUUCCCAUCCGUCUUCUCCUUCCUCGGCCCAGCGUUCCAAGCAGCAGGCUUUCUUGUGUCCCCUCUCCUCUUCCUCUUUGGUGAAAAACUCCUCAGGUUCCCCACCUUGCUCCACUCCUCCAUCCUCCCCCUCAUUUUCUCCUUCCCCUCCUUCUCACAAGUCUUUUAUCCCGUCUCUGAAUCUAAGUCGUCUCCUCCCCUCAUCCAGCCACGUCUUGUCGCCAUCCCACGCUAACGUCAGCCAGGCCCAGCACGGGCCUCGCAGCAGCAGCAAACGCCAGCAACGCCUCGUCCUCACCUCCACCUCCAGUACCACAACCAGCACCACUUCUAGCACCACCUCCACUUCCCAACACAGCUACUACUCUUCAUCCUCCUACUCUUCAUCCUCACCCUCCUCUUCCUCCACAUCCUCCUCCCUGUCCCCCACCUCCUCAUCCUCCUCCCCUCCCUCUCCAUCCUCUUCCCUCCUCCCCACCAUGGUGAGUCAUGGGAUGAGGAGCGUCCGAAUGUCAGCCUCCAACCCCAGCUCUCCGAGCCGCAGCAAGAAACGCACUGGGAACCAAGCAGGCCGAGCUGUGCGCACGACGGCGGCAGCAGCCUCAAAGGAUGCGGUGUGAUGUUUUCAUCUAAAGCUUUAAAAACAUGUAAGUGCAGAAGGGAGUGGGUGGGGCAUCAACUGAUGAAAAAACAAAAAAAAGCUAAAUUGCACUGUGUUCCUACAGCAAUAUUGUGUGAUGUUUACCUUUCGACAUUUUUGGAUGGGUUGUGGACAAAGAAAAGGCUUGUAAAACCUGGGAGAAAAACUAGUCCAAACCACACUAAUACCAUAUGAUGUGCAUCUAGACAGUUGCUCCUAGAGCCCAAAACGAUACACUGGAAUGGUUGAGAUUACAGGCUGUUUUUAUCUUAUCACAAAUAUUUCUCUGCUGCCGCAACAGACGUACCAAAGACAUCCUGACGUCAUUUAAAACUGGCUUUCUAAAGUGAACUGCAUAGUUUGUCCAAUAGGGAGCACUGUUUCUUUAGUUGUUUUUUUUUACUAUUGUAAAAUGUCCCACUGAUAACCCUUUUCCACCAAAUUAACUCUGGUUCUUGAAACAGUUCCAUUCAGGUUUCUUGUAACCUUGGUGCCAUCUGUAGAACCAGGCCACCUCUUCAUAAGUUUUGGGCAGAACCAUCAUAAUCAAGCAGGGUUCAUUUAUUUGUAACUGGCGAUUAUCUCUUUGAAACCAAAGCAAUUUGGUUUGAUUUCUUUCACAAACAUAGG